UGUGGAAUUGAAGCGAGAGAGUGAGUGAGCGAGCGAGGGAGAGAGAGGGAGAGAGAGGGGUUUGGUAUUCAGAAAAAAAAAGCCGAUUUCUUUGAAAAUCCCGAUUAAAAAUCAGCAAAAAAGCCGGCCGGCGUGUCUGUUGGCGCGUCAGAAGUGCGCGAGGAGCCGCGCAGCGUGAGAUCUCCCAAAUGCCUUAAUAUGGAUCUGUCAUAAACUGCUGGAUAGGGCCAGGAGAAACACUACAAUUAUGAUGCUGAAAUAAACCCUCGAAACCUCAGAGAAAAAAAAAAAAAAACAGAAACAUGGCUGUGGACAUGGAAAACCUGAACCUCGUGUGUCACAGGCCUUGUGGACUAACACAGCCUGUGUUUAAAUGAGACGUCUUCCUGCAAGGUGGUUACCUCACAGAGUUUUUCAUGUUUUGUGCAUUUUGCCUUUUCUAGAGACAUGCAAGGCCAAAGCAGUCAAGACAGUUUUCAAUGCAAGCAGUGUGACACGGUUUGCCCCACGUGGCCAGACAUGCUGGAGCACGUGGAAAGUCACUACCUUCAGGAUGAGGACCGCCGCUUUAAGUGUGACCAAUGUGGCAGAGGUUACAGGCAUGCUGGCAGCCUGGUGAAUCAUAAGAAGACUCAUGAGGUGGGACUUUUCCACUGCCCCAUUUGUGGCAGGCAGCUUACCAACCCCCUGGCUCUGAAGAAUCACGUGCGUAUCCACACACAGGGCAAGAGUUUCCAAUGUCAAGUGUGUGGCAAGGCUUUCAGGCUGGCCGCCCAACUUGCUACCCACCAGAGGUGCCACACGGAAAGAACCCAUCACUGCACGGUAUGUGGAAGGAGCUUUCGGAGUCAGUCUCAGCUGGCCGUGCACAUUAGCGAAUUGCACGCCAAUGACUCUGCAGCAAAUGAGCUAAACAUGUCGGGUUCUCUGGGAGCAGAUAGCUCCGACUCUUCAGAGAACCUUUCCUUGAGACCUAGAAAUGCUUCCAACAUGCUUUCUGCUGAUGGUUCUGAAGCACCUCAUAAAAAUGCUGUUGUGUCCAAUGCUGGCAACCAUUCCGACUCUCAUCUUUUACCUGACGCCACAGGAAUAGUCUAUGGUGCUAAUGAGGCCAGUGAUUCAAGUUCCCUCGAAGGGGACAGAGUCACUCAUAAUGGACUUCCAAGUUUUUCUUGCAGUGAUUGUGGAAAGCUGUUUGGGGACAUUAGCAGUUUGAAAAGACACUUUUGUUUUCAGCCACCUAAUCACAAAACUUCAACUCCAUUGAGGGAUGGGCUGAUUAAAAGCAGAAGGGGUAAUGACAGCAAACCAGUGUCUGAAGACACGGACGAUAGACCCUUCAAGUGCAACCAAUGCGAAAAAACCUACAGACACCAUGGUAGCCUAAUCAACCACAAAAAAUCGCACCAACUGGGCGCUUUUGAGUGUCGCAUAUGUUUCAAACAGUUUAAUAAUCUGGCCGCUUUGAGUAGCCACCUGAGAAUCCACCCCAAGUCCACCUCAAACAGAUCAUUGCAGCCUCCUUACUUUGAACAUUCUGAUAUCCCUCAAGAUCUGCUUGUUUCUCAUGCGGGUAGCAGCAUCAGUGACACCGAGAAAAGCAACUUCUGUCAUCUGUGCGAGGUGGCGUUUGCUGAUGAAUCUGAAUUUCAAGACCAUGUCAUGCUGCAUAAUAACAAUUCUUUGCCAUUGGAUCACCUUGAUGGAUAUACUGAAGGAGGCGACCUUUCACAUGACUAUGCUAGCGCACAAAAUCCUGAGCUUACUGCAGAUAGCUACCAGCCAUCUUCUAAUACAGAGCCUUUUGAGAGUGAGGGGCACAGUGAAGCACGGGAAGUUGUUAAUGGGCUGGCUUUUACAUGUGCCUGUUGUGGAGAGAGCUAUCCAGAACCCAAUAGCCUUAUGGAGCAUUACUUAACCCAUGGCACUGCGGUGCAAAAUGAAGACGGUGAUAAAAAUUCACCUCACAAAGCCUUCCAGCCUUCUUGUAGUGAGAAUACCCCCUCGGAGGAAAUUGUGAUCAAAGCCAGUCUUCUGCAUGGAAGUGAAGAGUCUACUAGGAGGUCUAAUGCACAACAUGACUCUUUGGAUGGUGAACGUCGGUUCAGGUGCCAACAGUGUGGCAAGAGUUACCGCCACGCAGGUAGCCUUAUAAACCACAAGAGAUCUCACCAGACUGGGAUAUAUCAGUGCUCAGUCUGUGGAAAGCAAUACCCAAACCUUGCUGCCUUAAAAAGUCAUUUGCGAAUUCAUAAAUCCAAGCCUCUUCCCCAAAUUUUGGACAGGACUGGCAGCCUGAAUAGUUCCUACUGGCUUUCUAAUGAGCCCAUGGACAACAGCGAAUCAGGGACUCCAGAAGCUCUUUACAGCUGCCACAUUUGUUACCAGACAUAUUCGACGGAAGCAUUGUGGAAGCAGCACUUGGUAUCACAUAUUAAUGGAGUGAUUAUGGUACCGCAUCAUGACCUCCAGGAAGCCGCCGAGCUGCUUGUGAGCCAGGAUGCCAAUGUCGAUGCAGAGACCGCAGGUGAGAGUACUCAUUUGGAAAAUGAGAUGGGAUCUUUGCAUGCUGAGCAUGCUGAAAUUGAACUGGACAAUCAGCAACAGAUAAGCUCCCACUUCCAAGCGGAGCGGCACAUGUGUGCAGAUUGUGGAGAGACUUACGGCGACAUUGCUGGCAUCAAAAGCCAUCGUUGUCUUUUGCAGAAACAAGGGUUGGAUGCUUUAAUAUUCCAGAAUGGGGUUGAUAAUUUCCACCCAAGAAAUGACUACCAACAAUUGAGGGAGAAUCUUCCUUUGGAGAAUUCUUCUUCUGGACUAAAGGGUUCCAAACGUAGAAAGAGUGGCCCAGCCCAGAAGCAUGUGGAACUGCCUGAUCACAAAGAGGUAACUGACAUUUCUGAAAUCUGCCAGUGUUCUGUGUGUGGGAACCAUUAUGCCACCCUCUCUGCACUCAAGAGUCAUCUCCGUAGCCACACACACAUGGAUGCUGAUCAUCCUGCCCACUCGAUGGAUGAAAGCAGUCUUCGAAUCUGCAGCGUGUGUGGUGAGAGCUUCUCAAACGAGACUGAUUUCCAUCAACAUCGACUCACUCAUCACGAAGAAACAUCUACCAAUUUGCAGUUGGAGCCAACAGAUUCCGAGGAAAUUCCAGAGACUAAAAAUGAAAUUUUCAUUAAUGAGCCCCUUGAAUUAAAAACCUUGAAAGAGGAAAAUAGUGAAGUUGAGACCUCAUUGGAAAACAAAGAUCAGAUUUGCGGAGAAUGUGGAUUUAGUUUCAAGACUUUUAUCGAGUUGGACAGUCAUCAGUGUGGCCAAGGAGAAGUACCGGUGUCUAAUGGGGCUGUGUUCCAAAACCUGUCCAUUCCUGAUAAUCCAGAAAAGGAGGAAAGUCUGGAUGGUGGAAAUGACGAGGAGAGGCCAUAUCGGUGUGACCAGUGUGGUCGUGCUUAUCGACAUGCUGGCAGUCUUCUCAACCACAAGAAAUCUCACAAGACUGGUGUCUUCCGCUGCUUUGUUUGCCAGAAGCGUUUCUAUAAUCUUCUCGCUCUCAAGAAUCACCAGAGGGUCCACUUUGAUGUAAAGAGACACAAAUGCGCAGACUGUGGAAAAGCUUUCAAACUUCAAAAGCAGCUGAUGAGUCAUCAGAGGAUCCAUUUAGAGAAACAAAUUCGAGCCAAGCAGGUCAACUUUCACCUUCACCAGCUGAUGCAUUCCGUGUCUGUUAAUGAAAACUCCAGCACAGUCCAGUAUGACCUAAAACAGCCCGAAGACAAUGGGCCCAGUUAUCCUAUAGAAGCAGAUGCGAUUGGGAACAAAGCUACUGGGGAAGAAACUCAGGAAACGGCCAGCCAUAACCCAGAUAUCAAGGGUGUGAAGCAGCUCCUGAUCUGUAAUAGCUGCGGGGAGAUGUAUCAGCCAGAAGAUCAGCACUCGUGCCAAUCAAAAGUAACGGGCCACCUCAAUUCGGACUCUUCAGAAAUAGAACUGGGUGGAUUACCUCCAUCAAAGGCAGAAGUUAAGACUGAACAAGUUACAGCUGAGGCAGAAGAUGUACAAUUCAGUGCUGUCGCAGAUGAUCAACGUCCCUACUCUUGUGAUCAGUGUGGUAGGACAUACAGACAUGCGGGCAGUUUGGUCAAUCAUAAAAAGUCACACAAGACGGGACAUUUUUACUGUACAAUUUGUCACAACACCUACCCUAAUCAGCUGGCUAUGAAGAACCAUCUGCGAAUCCACUUUGCUGUCAAGAGGUAUAAAUGCCUGGAUUGUGGCAAGGCUUUCAGAGGACAGAAACAGCUCUUCAUCCACUACCAAGCCCACGCAUGUGGCAGGACUUACAAGAAAGGGCAUCUAAAAUCACAUCUUGGAAGCAAAAGGAAGGGCUUGGGAAAUGCAUCAGGUGUCCACAAUGGGACCCUAAACAAGGAGAAUGUAGAUACUGCUGCUAAUGAUCAUCUUGACAUCAAAGGUGAGGUUCCUCGUGGGUACAGUUGUGAAGUGUGCAAGCAAAACUUCUCCACAGAACAGGAGCUAGCAGAACAUACGUGUGAUGGUAGUGCCGUAUCACUUGAUGAUAGUAGUGCUCAAAGUCCUGAAAAAGAGAAGACCGAUCCUGACCAGAUAUCUAGCUCAAAAGUGCCCUUUGAAACAGAGGACCGCCCAUUCCGCUGUGAUAUCUGCAGUCGUACUUACCGCCACGCAGGUAGCCUGCUGAACCACAAAAACACACACAAGACUGGCCGUUUUGAGUGCUACAUCUGCCAGAAAAUGUUUUCAAACCCCAUGGCCCUUAAAAACCACCUACGUAUUCAUUCCCAGAAGAAGCGCCACCAUUGCCUUGAGUGUGGGAAAUCUUUUAGGCUUUCCAGUGCCCUCCGUAACCACCAGAAGUUACAUCUUGGUGAACUUUCACACAGAUGCAAAAACUGUGGCAAAGGUUUCAUCAGUAAAAGCAGUCUGAGGCAUCAUCACUGUAGAAAUGGAAAGCAGCAUACUGCCCAAAGUCAAAAUGGAGAAAUUAUGAACUUCCAGGAAUCGCACAAUACUUCCACUGAAAGUCCUAAUGACUUGGAAGACUCCUCAGAAGUUAAAGUCUCCAGAAACCAAAUUUCCUCCAGUCAAGGUGAGGUUGACGUUGAUCAACAGGAAUCUGAUGACCGGCCAUUCAGAUGUGAUCAGUGUGGUCGAACGUACCGUCAUGCUGGGUCACUGCUCAACCACAAGAACACUCAUACCACAGGGAUCUACCAUUGUACUGUCUGCCAAAAAGAGUUCUCCAACCUCCUUGCCCUCAAGAACCACCACCGAAUUCAUUCCGAGGUGAAACGCUACAAGUGCCUGGACUGUGGGAAAGCUUUUAGGGUGUCCUCCCACUUAAUCAGCCACCGGAGGGUCCAUACGAAAGAGAGGCCAUACUAUUGUGUCCUCUGCUGUCGAGGAUUUGCUAGCAAAGCUACUUAUUGCCACCACCAGACCUUACACAAAACCAAACCUCUGUACUUUUUAAAGAUCAAUAAGAGAAACCGGAGCAGAUUAAUUUUGCCCUUGCUUGGGUCGCAGCUCACCAAAAACAACUGUUCAGAGGACAGUCGGGAUGAGGGGAACAGUGCUGAAGGAGAGGCAGGACAAUUACGGACUACCAUAUACAGAUGUGAACUAUGUAAAAGUUUUCAUCCAACACUGGAGGCUCUACAUGAACACCAAGAGACCCAUGUGGAAGAGAAGAUCUACGCCUGCGAGCACUGUGGAAAAACAUACCGCCACGCCGGAUCCUUGCUCAACCACAAAAACAGCCACAAAACCGGGUUGUUCUCUUGCUCAGCUUGCCAAAAGCAAUUCUCGAACCUCAUGGCUCUAAAGAACCACCGGCGUAUCCACACAGAGCCAAAAAGGUAUCAGUGCAUGGACUGCGGCAAGGCCUUCCGUGUCUCCACGCAACUUAUUUGCCACAGGCGGGUCCACACCAAGGAGAAGCCUUUUUCCUGCAGUCACUGUAGUCGAUGCUUUUCGACCAAGUCCAAUCUCAGACAUCAUCAAAAAGUUCACAAGGGCAGCCAAGGAAGCCAUGCUGUAGCAGAGGACUUAAAAACUUUAGAGACAAUGAGUAGCCCGUCUGCAGUGAUGGAACAGGAAACAGAUUUAUUAGGCAAUAUAGCCUUCCUGGAAUCAAUGGCAUCUCCAAAGCCUGAACCUAUUCCAGAGUUUGAGGCAGUCACCAAACAGGAGGAAGGGCAUAGCGAUGAAGACAAAAAGGACACUCCUCCACCUCUUCCAUCAGCCAAGGGCAAACGGGCCAAGCCAAGUCGGAACUUCAAGUGUUCGGCCUGCCGCAAAGUUUUCCCGAGCCUGUCACAGCUCCACUCUCACCGCGCUUCUCAUUCCAAGGAGCGUCAGCACCGCUGCACUCAGUGCAGCAAAGCGUUUGAGAGCAGGGCCCAGCUGUCCAAACAUCUGCGCUCACACUCCUCGGACCGACCCUACCAAUGCUCGCUGUGCCACAAGGCUUACAAAACAGCAGUAGAGCUUCGCAACCACUCGCGCAGUCACACUGGCGAGAAACCCUUCAUCUGUGUGGAAUGUGGCAAGGCCUUCAUGCAGUCCAUCUGCCUGCGUAUCCACAUGACCCAGCACACGGGGGAACGGCCCCAUGUGUGCAACCAGUGCUCCAAAAGUUAUCCUACGUUGUCCAAGCUCAAGGUCCAUCAGCGCACACAUACAGGAGAGAAACCCUAUGAAUGUGCUGAAUGUGGAAAGGGGUUUGCAGACCCAUCUGUGUACAGGAAACACCGCAGGAAUCAUCAGGGUCACCGGCCCUAUGUGUGCAGCCAGUGCGGCAAGACCUACACCGAGCUGAAGGACCUGAAGAACCACCAGCGGUCGCACACUGGGGAGAAGCCGUACCUCUGCUCAGACUGUGGCAAGGCCUUCUCCCGCUCCUCUUCUUUGGCCUGCCACUUGCGCAUUCACUCCGAGAGCAAGCCAUACAAGUGCACGCAGUGCGGCAAGGACUUCACCCAACUCUCCUCAUAUCAGAGCCACCUGCGCACGCAUUCUGGUGAAAAGCCGUUUCUCUGUCCCCAGUGUGGCAAGAUGUUCUCUGACCCCUCCAGCUUUCGCCGGCAUCAGCGAGCUCACUCGGGUGUUAAGCCUUAUCAGUGCGACAAAUGCGAGAAACGUUUCCGGCAGCCGGCUGACCUGGCAGUCCACCAAAGAAUCCACUCCGGGCAGCGACCUUACAAGUGCCAGAACUGUGAUAAAGCCUUUGUGGCUUCUUGGGAUCUCCGGCGCCACAUGCUGGUUCAUAGUGGUCAGCGACCCUUCUCUUGCCUUGAGUGUGGGAAAGCCUUCCCAGAACGUUCCAGCUUAAACAAGCAUCUGCGGGUUCAUUCCGGAGAGAGACCUUUCAAGUGCAACCUGUGCUGUAAGGCUUUUGUCGUCUCGUCCAGCUUACGCAAACAUGAGAGGACACAUGUCAUCGACAAGCUAAUUGCUGACCCCACAUCAGCAGGUGGGAAUGAAGUAGCAUUGGUCAGUUUGGAUGAACCGGCCCCCAUGGAUGAGACCCCACCCCCCGCAGAUGGCGGCAAGUUUUCGUGCGAUCAGUGCGAUGCUGUGUUCGAUGUCUGGACCUCUCUACGGUCUCACGAGCGCAUCCAUUCCACGGAGGCAACUUACUCCUGUGCUCACUGUGGUGCCAUCUUCAGCACUCUGGCAGAGCUGCGGAAGCACGAAAAGACACACCCCCAGCCAAGAAGCCACACCUGCAACACGUGCGGCAAGGCAUUCCUUAACAAGGCUGGGCUUCGCAAGCACGAAAGGAUCCACUCAACCGAACGGCCACACACCUGCUCCCUCUGCGGCAAAGGUUUCCUAUUCCCGGCCUAUCUGCGCAAGCAUGAAAAAACCCACAAGGAUGGGUCCUUAGACAUCCUACCUGAUGCCACCAACCAUCUGCCUCUGGUCCAGUCACAGGCUGGAAUCACCACCGCCAUCCCAGUUUCCAUUAGCACCUUCCAGAGUUUAGCCACUGCAACCGCUGUGUACCUGGACAAGGCGUCCGAAGUGCAGUGGGAGGAUGUUGAAGUCCAUAAAGUGACUGAAGACUUUAGCAAACACUGUGAGGAGCCCAAGUGAACCAGUCAGUCGGGAGUGUAAGAUAAAGCAUAUCGUUAGGGCGCCCCCUACCCACUGUCAAUGUAAGUUAGGAAGAAAAAUGAAUGGAUGAAAAAAAUAAUUGUAGUUUCAUACCCCACAGUCCUGUUCCAUCAUAUGCUGUUGCAGAAAAUGUUAGUUUUGACUUUAUUUUUAUACCUUCUCUUCAUACUCUGAAUUUCAGAGCUAUCAAUUGUGGAAUGACUCAAGAAAGAAACACUGAUUAGCUGCUUAAGACUUGUUUGUAAGAAGAAUUCCAUUUAAGAAAAAGUUUCCAGGUUCACAAUGGAAGCAGAAACUAUAAAAACAAAUACCUGUGACUUUUUUUUUUUUUACUUAUAGAAAAAAAUCAUUUAUGCUUCAAAACAUAAUGGCAAAGCAAUAAUGUCUUAAAAGUCGUGCCUUUUGUAUUUUUCAUGUGAAACACUAGAAAGGGAGAAUUAUCUAGGCAAGAGAGUUGGGGGGGAAAAAGAAAGAAUGAUACGUUAUUAUUCAACACUAGGGGGCAGUAUGAACCCCAGAAUUACUGUAAUAGAGUUGAUUGUCCUCAAUGUGAUUAACUGCGUGGGAUUUUCUUUGUCAUAGCAUUUGGUGGGUGGGGUACAAAAUUGUUUAGGUGGCUUUUGAGAGGGAUUAUGGAAAAUCUCUAAAGCUGCAAGAAUUUGCCAGAAAAGUUAAAGUGAAAGAAAUUCUUACUUUGGUGCAUGCUGAUGUUGAGGGACUAAUCGAAACUGAGAGAAUUAUGAGAGAAGGUGACCUAACUUGACUCUGUGGGCACUGAAAGGUCACUCUCAGUAUGACAUUGUGACAUGUUCGUUAUUAAGUUCUUGAUCAUAAAUAUUUUUUGCUAUAACAAUCAUUGCUGGAGAAAUGAAUGGCAUGAAAAGAGAGAGUUUGAUGGAUGCUUUAAACUCUGGUUGCCCAAUGAAAUAUAAUUAUUAUUAUUAUUAUUUUAAUCAAAGAUGUGUGAUUGUUUUAUUUUAUGUUGGAGGUGAAUUUGGGAGAUUUUGUAUGAGCAGGAUGUCAAGGACACAAAUGUUCGAUUGAACAAUGAACUGAAAAAUUCCACUGUGCUGCUCUCCCUUUGUAUAUGCUAUGCUUAACUCCUUCAUCUUUAUUUAUUUGUAAUGCAUUUUCUUGACAAAACACCUUUGUUUAAUGGAGGACUUCGUCGGUAAUGUACCCGCAGGUAAAAUGUAUGCAUAUCAGAAUAAAAAGAGUACAUUUGUACGCUCAUGCAAUAGAAACCUGACCUUCAUGUUGAUGGCUUCUAAAUGAAACUAUUAACUGUACUUUGGCUGGAACACAUUUCAGGUCUGAGCAGCGUA